AUGAAUGGUGGUAACAACAAUUCGAUAAUCUUGUCUCAGGUCGCGCAAGCUCUGCAGGCCCAGGGUCAGUAUUCAGGAUGGCGAGCGGAAGUACCGAUCAGUGAUCGGGCAAUGAAGGUCUAUCAAAUGAUUACAUCACUCCGUCUCAUAACACCCCGCAUUGACACGCAAAGUGCCGCCCAUGCGGCAUUGGCUUUCGAACAGAAAGCCUUCAAAGACGCAAGAGAAAAGACUGAAUACGAGAGGAACUGCAACGAGAAGCUCGUUCAUAUUCGCGACACCCGCGCACGACAAGCUGCUGUGAUGCAGAACGGAAUGAUGCCCCAGGGCCCAACGGCGGGGAUGACUGGUGUUGGUCAGGCAGGAUUUCCUGCACAAAUGAACCACCCCAUGCAGGCGUCUCCGAUGCCAGGGCAACAACAUAUGUCAAUGGGUCUUGGUGACCUGGGCCAGCAAAAUGGAAUGCAACAUCGUCCACAAUCCCAACAGCCGCAACAGCAACAGCAGCCGCAACAGCCGCAACAGCAACAGCAGAACAUCAUGCAACAAAGAGCUCAGCAAAGGCCCGGCAUUGGAUUUCCAUACAACGACGAACUCCAAACUCUUUCCGCUCAGGAAUAUGAGCAAGUCUGUCGAGUUGCAAGCCAAAUCAUCUCAAAAACUCCCCAAGAAGACUUGGAGAAGAUCAAGUUGAAUCUGCAGAAUAUGUCGCCAGAGCAGCGCCAAUACCUAUCCAAGAAGAACAUGGAUCCGUUGACUUACUUCUUCCGCUCGCAGGCUCUGACCCAGCUUCGACGGUUCAAGCGGAACCGAAUGGAAAUGGCUCGUGCUCAGGGUAAUGGUGUCGACCCUAAUGGGGCUGCAAUGCUGGCAGAAACGAUGAACCCACAGCAGCGACAAAUGUUAACAAAUAUGCUGAACCUACAGCGUGACUCCGCAUACCCCAUGGGAAACCAACAGAACCCGGAGCCAUCGUUCAUCGGUAGUGUCGACAACAUUCAAGGGCAACAGGCGGAUGGGUUGCGGUCUCAGGAAGCGGGCCAGCUUGUGGUGCCAGCUAGCUCCUUGCCCAUUAAUCAGACGGCAUCGAAUAUGUUCCAGAUGGGCCCUCAGCUCAACCAAAACGCACAAUCCGGUAUCAGCCCUCAAUUCCUUGCGCAGCAUCCACAGGGCGCACAGAAUGUUUCGCAAGGUAGAUCUCAACAGACACCGCAACUACAAACCGAGACCCAAGCCCAACAGGCAGCACGCGUUCAGGCAGCACAAAGAGCGCAGAUCGCAAUGACUCAAAAUGGACAAGCCGGGUCCCAGAUGCAACACCAAAUGACACAACAAAGUCCCGCAAUGUCCAUGCUGAACCGCCCUAUGGCCCCAGGUCAAAUGUCUCCGGCGCAGGUUGCUGCACAGGUUCGGCCUCCGUCUCGCGCUCCUGGUAUGGGGCAGCAGCAGGCUAAUGUCCAGUCCAUGGGCGGACAGCCAUCAAUGCAACGGCCUCAAAUACCACCCGGGCUGCCUCCACAACUUCAAGAGCAACUGAACCAAAUGAGCAAUGAACAGCUGAAUCUCUUCUUCCAGCAGCGCCGGCUGGCGAACAACCAGGCUCUGUUACGGGCAAAUCAACAACAGUCCAUCCCGAUCCAGCAAAACUUCCCACAGCAAGGCCAAGGCCAGCAGAUGUUGCCCGGCCAGAUUGGCAACGGCCAGAACAUGCGAGCACCUCUCAAUUUGCAACAGCACAUUGCCAAUAUGAACAGCCAGAUGCUGCCUGGACAACAGAUGUCGGUUCAGCAGCGACAACAACAGCAACAGCAACAGCGCCAACAUGACAUGUACAAGUUGCAGCUUCUUCGCCAACAUGGCAGAGGCAUCGAAAUGUCCCCUGACCAAGUCAAGGAAAUGGACCUCUUGCAUUUCCCCCCAGCAAUUCUAAACAACAACCCGAACAUUUCGUCGCCUGUUCCGAAGCAUAUAAAGACAUGGGGUCAACUGAAACAAUUGGCAGCUUCGAACCCACAACUACUCGGGGGCGUAGACAUACAAAAAUUAAUGGCUUUGCAGAAACUGCAUCUUGCCCAGAUUCUUGCUCAAUCGAAAGAAGGCGGCCGUGGCGCGGAACAGAACGGUCAGGGCCCUUGGAUGCCAACACAAUUCCAGGGACAAUCGCAGCCCUUCAUGAAUAAUCAAUUCCCAUCCGGUCAGCAGCAACCUUCCAUCAAUAUGCCUGCCAUACGCCCGAUCACUUCACAAGAUAUCCAGCUGGCCAGGCAGCGCCUUGGUCCACAGGUCCAGAGCCUGAGUGACGAACAACUCCGUGAUUUGCUUCACCGGAACAGACAGAAGCAGAUACAGGCAGCGCAAGCUCGCGCCUUGGCUGCUCAACAGGGUCAACAGGGUCAACAGGGUCAACAGGGCCAACAGGGCCAACAGUCUCAGAUAACUUCGCAGCCUCCUGUCAAUGUUCCUCCAACAGUUCCUCAAGCCAAGCUAGAGUCCCAAGCUCCGCAGUCUACAUCGCAGCAGGGCCCGCAGAAUGCGACGGCAAAGGCUCAGGCUACAACUGCUGGAAAAGGCAACAAAGCUUCUGCCACCAAGCAGGCACCCAAGAGGAAGCUUCCAAAUGAGGAGCCCACGGAAGUUCAAACUACGCCCAUACAAAAGCCGACUCAACCUGCCACUUCACAAGGAGGACCCGUCCCCGUUCCCAACAGGCCCAACAUGUUUUUCACCCGCGAACAGCUGGCGGCUAUGACACCCCAGCAACGUGCUCAGCUGGAGCUACAUUUGCGGAGGCAACAGGCACAAGGCCGUGGAUCCAUCAGUAGGACUUCCGCUGAAGAUGCAUGGAACAAUCUACCAGAAAGGAUUGUAAUGAUGUACGAGGAAAUCGCUAAGACUGCGCCGCCUGUUGAGCCUGUUGCAAUUACACCGGAGCAGAAGGCAAGCAUGUCUCAGCAGCUGCGUGACUCGACAGACUAUUUGGGUAGGAUGGAUGCGCUUGUUCAAUUUAUAGCAAAAAUACCCGGCCAGGAGCGGAAUGUCCGCAGUUUACUUGCGAUGCGGAUACAAUUGAUGAGACAAUUCAAACCCGGGGCUGAUUGGGCACUCGCUGACCAGUACACGAUCACGCCCGAGUAUCUCGCAGGAACCACUAACUAUAUCAAAAAGUUGUUCCAUCAUAUGAUCGCCCGAGUAAACCAGCAGCAAAGCCAGUUACCGGGUCAGCGACCCAGUGCCCCACAAGGUGGAUCUGUGGCACCGGCCAGCCUCCCGAACAACAUGCCCGCUCUGAACGCGACGAACCUGCACCAGUUACAGCAACAGGAAGAGGCUCUUCAGCGUGCUCGUCGAGCUUCCAGCCAGACCGCAUCAGGACCUUCCGGAAUUCCACAGGCACCAUUCGGCGCACCCUCGCCUCAAGGUGUUCCCCACGCUUAUGGACCCGGUAGUAUACCUCCCGAGCAGUUGAAGCUGCCCCCUCCGAAGAAGCGAAAGCAGUCUCAUGCCGGUGCUACCCCCGUGCUUGGAACUUCAGUGCCCAAGGCUCAAGCAAACAAGCAAACAGGCGCAGAGGUGAAGCUGGCUGGUGCAGCUUUGAGCGGCGCUUUCAAGUGCAGUGUUGCUGAAUGUCAGAACCAUUAUCAUGGCUUUGCCACUCAAAGCGCGCUAGACAGUCACGUCGAAGAAUGCCACAAGAUCGAAGAGCCAAUUGAGAAUCCGCUGGAGUUUGCCCUGGAGAGUUUCCGUACCAACCUUGUCAAAGAGGAAGAGCAAGGACGAUUAGAAAGCAGUAAGGACACCUCACAGGCCCUCGGCAAGCUUGGUCCAGCAUCAUCUCCAACGAAACACGAUACCAAGCUUGGAGGUACGCCAGUUCCUGGGGGCGCGACUCCCAUGGGCCGUGCUCCCAGUCAACUGGGACCCAAGCCUAGUUCCCCGGCCUCGAAUUUGCAACUAACUCCCCGUACUUCUUCAGCCAAAGCGCCUACGUCAUCUCCUCUCAAGCCAACGACCAGCAAGGGCGAUAAGAAAGAAGCGACCAAGCCCCUGGAACACGCACCCCCGGCAAUGGACGUGAUGACAGCCGACCCAUGGGCAAACAGUACCAUUUCCCUCGAAACGAUUCAGGACACGUUCUUGGAUCUCGGGGACGAUGCGGGCCUGGGCUUUGGGGCGAUGGACGAGUUUCUCAAUCCUGAGAUGUUUACCAAUUCCCAAUCCGAGGACACUCCGGACUCAAUCGAGACCGGUCUUAUCACCCAGACCCCUAAAGAUAACGAGCUACCAAAGAGUGCCGAGGUCAACGGCAAGACCGGAGAAAUCGCGGACGAGAAUUGGAUUCCUGUGGAUUGGAUCAACCUCCCGGGCCGAUUCGAAGACGGUCUUCUGAUGAACGACUCAUGGGACGACAUUGAUUGGGAGAUGAUUGACCGUAAAGACACGGGCAUGAAUGUUGAUGACGGUGGAAUCGCCAUCAUUGCCAUGUGA